AUGGCGGAGCACUUAGCAUCCAUCUUCGGCACAGAGAAGGACCGUGUCAACUGUCCCUUCUACUUCAAGAUCGGUGCUUGCAGGCAUGGCGACCGAUGCUCUCGCCUCCACACCAAGCCCAGCAUCAGCCCCACCCUUCUGCUUUCCAACAUGUACCAGCGGCCCGAUAUGCUCACCAACCCCGGCGUCGACCCCCAGGGCCAAGCCUUAGACCCUCGAAAGAUCCAAGACAACUUCGAGGAUUUUUAUGAGGAUCUGUUUGAGGAGCUGAGCAAGUAUGGACAGAUCGAGAGCUUGAAUAUCUGUGAUAAUUUGGCUGACCACAUGGUUGGUAAUGUGUACGUUCAGUUCAGGGAGGAAGAACAUGCUCAAGCUGCGCUUCAGAAUCUCACUGGGAGGUUCUAUGCAGGGCGCCCCAUCAUCGUUGACUUUUCCCCGGUGACGGAUUUUCGUGAAGCUACAUGUAGGCAGUAUGAAGAAAAUGUAUGCAAUCGAGGUGGCUAUUGCAACUUCAUGCAUUUGAAGAAAAUUAGCAGGGAGUUGAGGAGGCGAUUAUUUGGGAGAAACAGGAGAAGGCAUAGUCGCAGUCGAAGCAGAAGCCGUAGUCCUCAAAGGCAUCAUCGUGGUGGUUAUCAGGAGCGACCACAUGGAGGUCGCGGUUUUGGCAGAAGAGGAGGAGGAGAUGAUGACAGAGAUCAUCGUUUCCAUGAUAAAGCAAGGAGGCCUAGAAGCCGUAGUCCCGGACGUAGAGGAAGAAGUAGAAGCCCUGUGGGCACUGGGGGGAAAAGGAAUAGGAGUCCUCCAGCCAGGGAAAGCAGUGCUGAAAGAAGGGCUAAGAUCGAGCAAUGGAACAGGGAACGGGAACAGGUGGACUCCGGAAGUAAGUAUGAUAAUAACAACAACAAUAACAAUAAUGAUGAUGAAUGGAAUGGUUAUGCUGAGAACAGCGAUCAGUACUACGAAGAUCCUCAGCAGCAGCAGCAGCAGUAG